CGUGACAAAAAUAAAAUGUGUGCAUGCGCGGUGAACUUUCUGUACUACGACAUGCUAUUUACGAUUUAAGCUUACAGUACUUAAUAACAUUAUAAAUUAUAGUGACGGAUAAACACAGGCAUUUAUUAACGUAUCGUGAUAAAAAAUAUUCAAAUUAUAGAUAUAUUUAUUUUUGUAAGGUUACUUCUUUAGACAUACCGGUGUCACUGAGGUAGCUAGCUAGCUGGCUAACUCAUGUCAGAGUGAAGCACGUAAAAAGAUGUUGGUUAGUUUUAAUCAGAAGGCAGAUAACUAACUUUCCACUGCCUGCAACAUGGGACGAAAAAAACAGGGCAAGUUUGUGCGCCCUGACAACAAGGGAAAAGACAAAAGGCAUAAAAUGAAGGGGAAGUCCUUGGAGGCAUUUGAGGAAGAAAUGCACACUGCUUUUGAAGCAAGUCUUCAUCUUGAGAAGGGGGCAGAGGCCCCUCAGAUUAAGCUACCUUGUCCACUUGCCAUGUGGGAGUUGGGACACUGUGAUCCCAAACGUUGUACUGGCAGAAAGCUGGUACGCAAAGGUUUUGUACGCAACCUGCGCCUCAAUCAGAGAUUUAACGGACUCAUUCUGAGUCCAAUGGGCACAAAAUAUGUGACACCAGCAGAUAGAGAGAUUGUGGCUAAGAAUGGGUUAGCAGUGAUCGAUUGUUCCUGGGCCAAACUGGAGGAGACUCCCUUCAAUAAGAUGGUCGGAACUCACCCCAGGUUACUGCCGUACCUGGUAGCUGCAAACCCAGUCAACUAUGGCAAGCCUUGCAAGUUAUCUUGUGUUGAGGCUUUUGCAGCCACAUUCUGCAUUGUUGGGUUUGAAGAGCUUGCGCUGCUCUUGUUGAAGAAAUUCAAGUGGGGGACAGUGUUCCUGGACCUAAAUAAAGUUCUGUUGGAGCGUUAUGCUGCUUGCCAGUCAGAGGAGGAGCUUCUCUCUGUGGAAAAGGACUUUCUGAUGGCUAAACCAGAGGAGGAUGACUUUGAUCCAUUUGACGUGAACUCAGGAGUAGAAUGUGGGAAUCUCAACAAACGUCAGUGUGACCAUGAAGAGGAUGAUGAUUCUUCUUCUGAGGAGGAAGCCGACACCUCAGAGGACAGCGAAGAUGAAAAUGAAAAUGAAGCAGAAGAUGAGGAUGAGGAUGGAAAAACACAGAGUAACUAUCAGUUAAGAACAGCCUCAUUACAUCAAGAUGAGGAAGAAGAGACUGAACCGAAGACGUCACAAUAAACAUUCAAACUAUGGAUUGUUUAAUCACAAUGCCUGGUAUAACUUUUUUCCAAAAUUCGUUUCAUACAAAAACUAUAGGUUACCUUGGGGUAAUCAAUUUUGUCCAGUUCAAGUAUCCACAAAAAUAAAAUAAAUAUGACAUUAUAAA